GAUUUUUCAUUUCAUGAACAAACUUAGCAAAAAUGAAAUUUUCCACUUCUGCAAAAUUCCACAUCUACUUCACUUUGUGUGCAUGUUUUUGCUUUUCUGCAAUCUCUAAUGAUACAUUAACUUCAUCACAAUCUCUAGUAUACAACCAAACCCUUGUAUCUCCGAAAAAUGUUUUCGAGUUCGGUUUCUUCAACACAACACCUUCGAAAUGGUACAUAGGUACAUGGUACAAAGAUUUUCCAGACAAAACAUAUGUUUGGGUUGCAAAUAGAGACACUCCUCUUCAAAAUUCCAAUGGAACUCUCAAAAUUCAAGAUGAUGGAAGCUUGGUUCUUCUCAACCAAACUAAUAGCAUCGUAUGGUCAUCGAAUCAAACUGUUUCGUCCGUUUCGAACCCUGUUCUUAACCUUUUGGAUGAUGGAAAUUUGAUUCUCAAAGAAGAACAAGAGAAAAAUUAUAUAUGGCAGAGUUUUGAUCAUCCGACCGAUACUUUGUUGCCGGGUAUGAAGCUUGGUUGGAACCUUGAUACCGGCGUAGAGAUUCGAGUAACGUCGUGGAAAAGUCAAGAUGAUCCGUCGACUGGAGAUUGUUAUUUCAAUCUUGACUAUCAUGGUGUUAUAAAUGUUUACUUGUGGAACAAGCAACAAAGGGUUUUUGGCGGAGUGCCGAUACUAAGUACUAUAGCUGGGCUUAAUGAUAAAAUAGUUGCCGACGAUCAUCAAGCUUAUUACUAUCCGGAGGGGUUACUUCAGUCUAAUUUGUCUAGACUUGUUGUGAAUUGGACGUGUUCAAUCGAGCGUUACGCGUGGAUUGGAACGACCAAAAGUUGGAACAAACUAUGGUAUGCACCAGAGGUAGAAUGCGAUUAUUACGGAGCGUGUGGUCCUUUUGGUAUUUGCGACUCGAAUGCUUUUCCUAGAUGCGAGUGUGUGACGGGAUUUGCUGUCAAGAAUCAAAGGCAAUGGGAUUUGAGAAAUUUUUCGGACGGUUGUGUGAGGAAGACGAAAUUGGAAUGUGGUAAGGAUAAGUUCUUGCAUUUGAAGGAUGUGCAAUUGCCGGAUACCAGAAAUGUGUUUGUGAACAAGAGCAUGACAUUGUUGGAAUGCGAAAAUAUGUGUCUCGAAGAUUGCUCUUGCACCGCGUAUGCGAAUGAAGUGAUCACGAAUGGCGGAACUGGUUGUGUCAUGUGGAAUCAAAGUCUUGUUGAUUUGAGACAGUUUAAUGAUGCUGGACAGGAUCUGUUUAUCAGAUUAGCAUCUUCUGAUGUAGGCAAGUAAUUUCUUUAUGUUUUGUUUCCGUUAAUCUCGAUUGACACUGCAUCAUCAGUAACACAGUCGUCUUAAAUUUUUGGAGGCCUGUGUACAGUUCAACUGCAACAAAAUAAUUAGAGGUUGUUUAUGAGGCCCUAAUUAUGUGCGGUUUAACCGUGAAAAAUUGUAGACCCUGUGCGGUAGCCCUCCUUGCACGCUGUCAAAGACGGUCCUGAUCAGUAAUA